GCUGUAGGCUGGAGGGAGGCAGCUGUUGCCAUUAUUUUAACCAGCCAGCUCAUAUCCAUCUCCGAGUUCUCCCCUCCCCUGGACAUCGAGAAAGAUGACUUCGUCCACACCAUCAUAAACAUACGACAACUGAAAGAGAUUCUUUAAAAAGUGAAAUCAAAUGGUACAGAAAAGUAGUAGUAUGUCCAGGACGCCUUCGACCCCAAACCAGGAGAUCCCAAUGGGCAUGAUCGACCACCAUGCGCACACGCAGGGAAAGUACGCCAAGAGGAAGAGCCGAUUUAAGCGCUCAGAUGGGAGCACCUCUUCUGACACCACCUCUAACAGCUUUGUCCGACAGGGCUCUGCAGACUCCUACACCAGCCGGCCGUCGGACUCAGACGUGUCCCUGGAGGAGGAUCCCGAGGCUCUGAGGAAGGAGGCCGACAGACAGGCUCUUGCCACACUUGAGAAAGCAAAGACCAAACCAGUGGCAUUUGCUGUGCGCACAAACGUUGGUUACAACCCAGGGCCUAACGAUGAUGUUCCUGUGCAGGGCAUGGCCAUUUCCUUCGAAGCCAAAGACUUCUUGCACAUUAAAGAGAAAUACAACAACGACUGGUGGAUCGGACGCCUGGUGAAGGAGGGCUGUGAGGUGGGUUUCAUUCCCAGCCCAGUCAAGCUGGAGAACACCCGCCUGCUGCAGGAGCAGCGGAUGAGACAAAAUCGGCUCAGCUCCAGUAAAUCUGGAGGAAGUUCGAGUCUGGAUGUUGCCGUAGGAACCCGCAGACCUACCCCGCCAGGAACAGCUCCCGUGGACACAUCCACAGCAGCCUUUGACGUUGACCCUCUCGACCUUGAUGCCGAGGAGCCCCCUGAGUCCCAGGGUGACCCUCGCUCCCCCAAGGGCAUCUCUGGCAGCAUAACUUCCCCCCAGGCCAACGCCCACCGCCUGCCCUUCUUUAAGAAGAUGGAGCAUGUUCCUCCAUACGACGUGGUUCCCUCCAUGCGACCCAUCAUCCUUGUUGGACCCUCACUAAAAGGCUAUGAGGUGACAGAUAUGAUGCAGAAAGCACUAUUUGACUUUCUGAAACACAAGUUUGAGGGCAGGAUAUCUAUUACACGUGUGACAGCGGACAUCUCUCUGGCCAAACGCUCAGUCCUCAACAACCCCAGUAAACACACCAUCAUCGAGCGCUCCAGUACCCGCUCCAGUUUGGCUGAAGUGCAGAGUGAGAUUGAACGUAUCUUUGAGUUGGCCCGAACCCUCCAGCUUGUUGCAUUGGAUGCAGACACCAUCAACCAUCCCUCUCAGCUAGCCAAGACCUCCCUGGCUCCCAUUAUUGUUUACAUCAAAAUAGCCUCACCCAAGGUUCUCCAGAGGCUCAUUAAAUCCAGAGGGAAAUCCCAGGCUAAACAUCUGAAUGUGCAGAUGGUGGCAGCUGACAAGCUAGCUCAAUGUCCACCUGAGCUGUUUGACAUCAUCCUGGACGAGAACCAGCUGGAGGACGCAUGUGAACACCUUGCAGACUACCUGGAGGCCUACUGGAAGGCGACACACCCGCCGAGCAGCAACCCUCCCAACCCUCUCCUGAACCGCACCAUGGCCACGGCGGCCCUAGCUUCCUCCCCUGAGCCUGUCUCCAACCUGCAGGUACAGGUGCUCACCUCUCUGCGCAGAAAUAUGGAUUUGUGGCCUGGCAUGGACGGCGAGGGGAAAGAGGAGGAGCAUGCUGUCUGAAGUCCAGCAGCAAGGAGCGGGCUGUGGAGGGGCGCACUCCAGUGACUUGACCCAAAUCCUGCCUGAGCUCUGUAAACGUGAAGGAGGAGAGCCAUGAAACCCUGUUUAUUCUGUACAUAAAACACAGGACAGAAGUGAAGUACAAAUGUUAGCGUAUGGAGCAAAUUUCUCACAUAUAAACAGCUAGUUUAAAGAGGCAGUAUUAUGUAUUUUCCAGCAAUAUAACAUCAUUUUAUAGCAUAACUAAGUAACUAUGUUACUGUUUGUUGUUUUAAAAUAAUAUAUAUAUAUAUAUAUAUCCAAUAUGACUUGAACAAAAUUGGACUUUGCAAUUUAAUGCCUUGAAAUUGGGCUUUUGUUUCUUUAAAAACUCUUGCUCUUUCUGAAACUCUGCCUUCAGGAAGUCAUCACAACAUCACUCUUCUAUUAACCCCAUAACAAGCUUUGUAUCUCAAUGUACUUCAUUUCAUUGAGAAGUAGCUCGAAUAAUGAGCGCAGCAGAUAUGCAGUUCCACCAGGUGUUUGCUAAUUCCUGCUAGCUAGUCUGAAGGAUUUCAGUAGAGCUGUUAGAAGGGCUGUUCUUUGAAAUGGAAGCUUGGAAACUUGAAGAUGGAGCUGCCUUGAAGGCGGAGCUAGGUCCACCCAAGCAUUUUGCACAGCUGAAUGGUUGCCAUAGAUACUAAAGGAUUUCUCAAACAUGCAUAAAUGAAUCAAGGCAACACUUUGAUGAGGGAAUGACAUUAUAACAUGAUGUAGAGCUGAAAAACGUUGAUUUUACUUAAUACUGCCCCUUUAAGAACACCUAGAAGUAAAAUGUUGUCUCCUCAAAACUGUGAAAAAGACCGGUCCACAUCCAUCUGCCCUCGAGGCCCCUUCCAUUGUAAAAUAAUAAAUGCUGCCCCAGCCUUGCCCCCCCGUUAGCUCUGUGGCUUCGUUUCUCCUGGUCUGUGAGGAGAAUCCACUUUGCUGUCCUCCUCCUCCGUGUUGCCAUGGUACCGGUCCUGAAAACAGCAAGUCAUAUCCGCCUCUUCAAAUAGAAAGGGCUCGGUUUGGUGGAGGCCGUGUCUAACGCUCUGGCCAGUCCAAUUGAUCUGUAAUUUGUGUAAUCGGUUUUCUUGUUUCCUUUUAAUCACUGCUGGUUACUCAUUAACCGUAAUAACCUGCAGCCUGAGUAGGAGCCUGGCUACUGCAUGAUAAUGUAACACCUUGCAGAUCUCUUUUAUAGAACAUAAGACAACUACACUUACAAGAGAGAAAAGGUCAGAAAAACUACCAGUAGAUAUUUUUAUUUACAUAAAUCAGAUUGAACAUAAAGAUGAUGCAGAAUUGGCCUGGAUAAGAUCAGGAAGGUGUUAGUGGGCAUUUUGCUAUGACAUCAAUCAGCCAGCAGGUGGCACUGAUGCAUUGGUAUAUUCUGUUCUGGUUGAAAAAGGUAAGUUUCAUGACUAAUGGACAAAAUUAACAUGUACAACUGAGUAAAUGUAACACAUGUUUGCACUUCAAACUGACAGUGCCUUGCAAAAGUAUUCAUACCGCAUUAUUUGUAUUUGUCACUUUGCUACAAAAGCUCAAUGUUGAGUUAAAGUAAAGCAAGAGUUGAAACCUUUUAUGUAUCUAUAAAUCUGAAAGGUGUGGUAGAAGGUGUAUUCAGCAACCUGGCAUCAUUAUGUAAUGAAAACGGGAAGAGAAAUAUAUUUCUUCCACUUUAAAAAGAUGGGCUACUUUAUCUUCGUCUACCACUUUAAAUUCCAAUUUAAUACAUCAAAGUUUUGGUUGUAAAGUGACAAAAUGUUAAUAAAAACAUCAACUAUUCUUCUAUGCUUCCAUAAACUGGAUAGUACAGAUCUACGGAUCUAUAUUAGACAUGUUCAUUAUAUUUUUUGCACAUUAUUUUUUUGAUUUUUAAUCUGCUCAGUUUUGUCUAUUUUGAGAUUCUUUCAGAUUAAGCUGUUUUAAAGGCCUCUUGUCACUUUAAAUCAAAAUAAGCUGCUGCAAACAAAUGCUUAAGGAUGAAUCUUAUGUCUUUGAAAAGGAGAAGUAGAGCCUCCUUCACAACCGACAGGAAUGUAGCAAGUGGUUUCUGGAAGGCAAGACAACAACAAAACACUUAUUUUUUCCAAACACAAAAAAACAUUUACUUAUUGCCCAAAAAUGUGUGGGUGUGUUUUUUAGCUCUUGGGCUGUUUAAGAAGCAGUUGAGACCCAAAUGGAAGUUCAAAAUGUCAAUUUUGUUAAUGGGCUCCUUUUGUAUAUUUUUGCAAGGUCAUUGUGAAAUGUGUGAGGACACUAAACAAAGGAUUUUGUUUGUAUGCUGAUGUUUCUAACCCUGCUGGUUCUCUACUCACAGUUUGGUUUGCUGUUUGUGCAUCUGCAUGUCCUCUUUUGGUUGCAUGGGUGUGACUGGCUGCAGGGUCCGUACCUGGUUCAUGGUGAGCAGAAGCGCGAAGGGGGUGUCACAGAG